AUGGUGAUUAUUGUUAAUAGAGUUGUGCAUUGUUUUUUUUUGCAUUCAGAUACGCGACGGCACAGUCACUUCAAAGGUCUUAAGGUGAUCAACUUCCGGUUCACCAGUAAGGUGCUCCAGAAUGAGGUGGACGAGGCGUUCCUCAACAUCCACGUUCAGGAGUUGGAGCAGAGGCUGAACGUGACCUUGGGGCCGGAGGAAUUUUUCUCAAUAGGAUUACAAGUGAAUAGGGUGACGAGGAAUAGUCAGGGUAGCAAGGCCUCCGUGCCUUACACGGAGAGCUCGAUAAAGAUGUCCAGAAAAGAACUGAAGGUCGGGAGAUGGGUGAAGCUGAACGUGACCACGAUGGUGGCGGAAUUCUUCAGGCUGCCGAGGGAGAACCUAGCGAUAGUUGUGAGAGUACAAGACUCGAAGAAUAGGAUGAGCUUAGUUGUACCACAUCCGAGCUCUGAAUCAAAUAAUGCUUUGAUGCCAUACAUAGAAGUAAGUCUUAGAGACAAUUCACACAAACGGACGAGAAGAACGAUAGGCAUGGACUGCACUGAGAAUUCUAAAGAAGUUCGCUGCUGUCGGUACCCGCUGUCUGUUAACUUCGAGGAGUUCGGUUGGGACUGGAUAAUAGCUCCUAAACAGUAUGAUGCUAACUACUGCAGCGGCGAAUGCCCUUACAGCUUCCUCCAGAAGUAUCCCCAUACACAUUUAGUCCAUUUAGUAACGCCCCAAGGCAGCGGUGGGCCCUGCUGUGCUCCUCGCAAGAUGAGCAGCAUUUCUAUGUUAUAUUUUGAUGACGAUCUUAAUAUAAUCUAUGGUACGAUACCUGGUAUGGUCGUCGAAAGCUGUGGAUGUUCAUAGCACCUAUACAGAAAUAGCUCCAAAUGGCUAAGAUUAAAAAAAUACAUUUUGUUAUCUGCCUGUUUAUUCUAUGUUAAUUGUCGCAUUCUUGCAUAGUCUGUUCUGUUUGUCAAAAACAAAAUGGUCGACUUUUAGCGCCAAAACGAACAUAACCUCAACUUCAAAAUUGAAGUGUCGACAUUUUUUUAUAGUACACCGUAUUGUUGAUAUUUACUCUGUUUUAUUUUAUGUUUGUAUAAAUAAGACAAUUUACUAAAUUGUAAUAAUUACAAGUUUUGUAUUUGUGUCUAUAAAACGAAUUGUUUACAAGUAUCAACAGUUUUAGCCAUUUGGAGCGUAGUGUUGUGUAUUGCUGUUUAGUUGAAGACUGCGAACCCUAGUGAUGUGUGCCGUGAGUGUAUAUUUUAUACGUUUUAUAUAUCUAGAUAUUAAUAAAACCCUCAUUCUGUAGCUUUAAGACAAUCGGUAAGUAAUACGACUGUUUGAAAUUUACAGAAUAAGCGGCAUUUUAAGGUUAUGACAAAAUAAUUUAUCCCUUCACUAUGUAAGGUACUUAUUUAUCAUUUGAAUACCUUACCAAUUUUUCCGUUUCUUUUUACGCAUCGUUAGAAGUCAGAAGUCAAUUUUUUUUCAUAUUUAUGUACUUUUUUAUCUGUGUUCAUGACAUAGGGGUGCCCACUUCCUAAAUAAUCGAAAAAUUUAAAAUGUUCCAAGUAAAUAAGUACAGUGUUGCUAUAUUUAACCGUAAAAUAACCAUUUAUAUUUAUACUAAGCUAAAUAACUCGUCAAUUAUUCGCUGUAAAGUACGUAUAGGUAUUUAAAAUCAAUAAAUUCUCCUUUAAUAGGUAAUUGACCUCUGACUUCAUUGUGCUAGUGAUAAAAAUGAAAUCAAACUUGACUCGAUGCACUGUCAAUCUUUUUAUGCAACAAUAACAAAUGUAUCUCGCUUUUAAAAUGAUAUAAAUACAACGAAUCGUAUCUCAAAAUGGCAUUUAUACUUUCAGAAAUAAGUCUUAAAUUCUAAGAGUCUAGGUAACCUAUAAUAUAAAUAAGUGAAACUUUCGUAGGCACAAAUUAUCUCUUUUAUUUUAAUUAUUGGUCUUUUAUUUAAAUGAUAAUGUAUUUUUAGCAAGUUUUGUGCCGUGAUUUUUGACCCGGCCGGCAUAAGUGAAAUUAAAUUAUGCAUAAACGCCUACUUUUGGUGUCUUUUUCCAUGUACCCAUGUAGAUUAAAAAGCGCCUCUUACUAGGCUUGACAUCCUUGUUUGACUAUAUAUAAGUUUUUUCACAGCAUAGAGUUGACAUGUAACAAAUUUUACUCUAUUUCAUAUCUUUAGCAAUCCAUAAUAAUUAUUAUUUAAAUGUAGUUGGAACAUUCUUGUGCCAGACUUCAUUAAUAUUAAUAGGCGUAUUGUCUUUGUUAAUACGUUUGACAAAAAGAACAAUAAAUGGAAUUUGAGAUCCAAUCUUUACCUUUGGCUCGUUGAUAUUGUUUUACAUGUAGAUUUGAAUAUGAUUUUUUAACGAUACGGUCUUUAACAUUUAUGUAUUUAGUAAGUUUGAAAUAGGAAUGUUCGUACAUCUGUCAAAAAUGGCGGGAAAAUAGAUUUUGUAUAAAAAAAAAAUUUUCAGUUCGAAGUUAUAUAUUUGUGCCUAAGAGAUUGCAUUUGUCUAUAUUAAAUUUUUAGCAGUACCUUGCAGUUUUAAAAUACAGGACUCGAUGUUUUCAAUUGAUAUAAGUAGUUAUUAUGAAUUUCUAUAAACAAUGUAGUUGUGAGAUUUUUCUUAGACAUUUUUUGGAUCUCGUUCAAAAUUAUUCUAUGUUUUUUAGAAGAAAAAAUCUUUAAAGGACAUUUCUUUUUAGUUCUUUUUAGCGGGUAGUGCUUAAAGUCUUUUAAUUAAUCAAAGAAUAAUCGACUCUGUACCUACCCAUUAUUUUAUUUUAGGAAUAAAUAACGUAUUAUUUGGAAGUGAUUUAAAUGUUUUUUUUAAUGUUUCGUAAUUUAAGGUUUAGAAAAAUUUUCGUCGAUAGAAUUUUCAAAAAUUAGAUCUCAUUUUUGGGCAACUGUUUUUUUUUUCGUGUGCCUUUACAAAGAUCUCCCUUUGCUUUUGGAUAUCGAUUUUUAUAAAGAAUUAUACAAAAUUUUUAGCGUUAAGUGAAUUUCUCUUACUAUAAUUCUCGAAGAUUGUCAAAAUUUUUUAAACUAACAUUCACGUGUCAUUAAAAUGUAUGAAAUAAAUUUUCAAAUCAUAA